AUGGCUAUGGCUGUGGCUCAACACAGGGAGAGUAGCAGCAGUGGAAGCAUUGACAAGCACCUAGAUGCUGGCAAGUAUGUGAGGUACACUGCUGAGCAAGUGGAGGCUCUUGAAAGGGUCUAUGCUGAGUGUCCUAAGCCUAGUUCUCUGAGGAGACAACAAUUGAUCAGAGAGUGUCCCAUUCUCUCCAACAUCGAGCCUAAGCAAAUCAAGGUUUGGUUCCAGAACCGAAGGUGUAGGGAGAAGCAGAGAAAAGAGGCUUCUCGGCUUCAGACUGUGAACCGCAAACUCACUGCAAUGAACAAGUUGUUGAUGGAGGAGAAUGAUCGGUUACAGAAGCAGGUGUCACAGCUUGUAUGUGAGAAUGGGUAUAUGAGGCAGCAGUUGCAUACUACAUCCGCAGCAACUACUGAUGCUAGUUGUGAUUCGGUGGUAACCACUCCUCAGCAUACCAUGAGAGAUGCUAAUAACCCUGCUGGACUCCUAUCAAUUGCAGAGGAGACCUUGACAGAGUUCCUUUCAAAGGCUACGGGAACUGCUGUAGAUUGGGUCCAGAUGCCUGGGAUGAAGCCUGGUCCGGAUUCGGUUGGGAUCUUUGCCAUUUCACAAAGUUGCAGUGGAGUGGCAGCUCGAGCCUGUGGUCUUGUUAGUUUAGAACCUACGAAGAUUGCAGAGAUCCUUAAAGAUCGUCCAUCUUGGUUCCGGGACUGUCGGAACCUAGAAGUUUUUACUAUGUUUCCUGCUGGGAGUGGAGGAACCAUUGAACUUGUUUACACACAGACAUAUGCCCCAACAACACUGGCUCCUGCCCGGGAUUUCUGGACUCUGAGAUAUACCACAAAUUUGGAAAAUGGCAGUCUUGUGGUUUGUGAAAGGUCCCUGUCUGGUUCUGGCUCGGGCCCUAAUCCAGCUGCUGCUUCUCAGUUUGUAAGGGCUGAAAUGCUUCCUAGUGGCUACUUGAUUCGACCAUGUGAGGGUGGAGGAUCAAUCAUUCACAUAGUAGACCACCUAAAUCUUGAGGCAUGGAGUGUCCCAGAAGUGUUACGGCCACUUUAUGAAUCAUCAAAGGUGGUAGCUCAGAAAAUGACAAUUGCGGCACUUCGCUAUAUAAGGCAAAUAGCACAGGAAACAAGUGGUGAAGUGGUGUACGGGUUGGGCAGGCAGCCUGCUGUUCUACGAACUUUCAGCCAGAGAUUGAGCAGAGGUUUUAAUGAUGCUGUAAAUGGAUUCAAUGAUGAUGGGUGGUCUGUACUGAACUGUGAUGGUGCUGAGGAUGUAAUUAUUUUAGUUAAUUCAACCAAGAAAUUGAGUGGAACUUCUAAUCCAGCUAGUUCCCUUACAUUCCUUGGAGGAAUUCUCUGUGCAAAAGCUUCUAUGUUACUUCAAAAUGUCCCCCCUGCAGUUUUGGUUCGAUUUCUGAGGGAGCACCGCUCAGAGUGGGCCGAUUUCAAUGUUGAUGCUUAUUCUGCUGCAUCACUGAAAGCUGGAACCUAUGCCUAUCCAGGGAUGAGGCCUACAAGAUUCACUGGUAGUCAAAUAAUUAUGCCUCUUGGUCAUACCAUCGAACAUGAAGAGAUGCUUGAGGUUAUUAGGCUUGAAGGCCACUCUCUUGCUCAAGAAGACGCAUUUGUUUCUAGGGAUAUUCAUCUCUUACAGAUAUGUAGUGGAAUUGAUGAGAAUGCUGUAGGGGCCUGUUCGGAACUCGUAUUUGCUCCAAUUGAUGAAAUGUUCCCUGAUGAUGCUCCAUUAGUUCCUUCUGGUUUCCGCAUCAUUCCAUUGGAUUCAAAACCAGGUGACAAAAAGGACAUAGUUGCUACAAAUAGGACCUUGGAUUUGACUUCGGGUUUUGAAGUGGGCCCAGCAACAACUUCUGGUGCAGAUGCAUCAUCAAGUCAAAACACUCGAUCAGUGUUGACUAUUGCCUUCCAGUUCCCUUUUGACAGCAGUUUGCAAGAUAAUGUUGCAGUCAUGGCACGACAAUAUGUCCGCAGCGUGAUCUCCUCAGUUCAGAGGGUUGCCAUGGCUAUAUCUCCGUCAGGUAUAAACCCAGCUGUUGGAGCAAAACUUUCUCCUGGUUCUCCAGAGGCUGUUACGCUGGCUCACUGGAUAUGCCAAAGUUAUAGUUACUAUAUAGGUUCCGACUUACUUAGAUCAGAUUCUCUUGUUGGGGACAUGAUGCUGAAACAUCUGUGGCAUCAUCAGGAUGCUAUUCUAUGCUGUUCACUGAAGUCAUUACCAGUGUUCAUAUUUGCAAAUCAAGCAGGCCUUGACAUGUUGGAAACAACUCUAGUGGCCUUACAAGACAUCACAUUGGAUAAAAUAUUCGAUGAGUCUGGGCGCAAGGCAUUGUGUACAGACUUUGCCAAAUUAAUGGAGCAGGGUUUUGCAUAUCUGCCAGCUGGGAUCUGUAUGUCAACGAUGGGGCGUCAUGUGUCAUAUGAUCAAGCCAUUGCAUGGAAAGUGCUCACUGGAGAAGACAACACUGUUCACUGCUUGGCUUUCUCUUUCAUAAACUGGUCAUUUGUAUGA